CUACACCCAGCGCCGCGACGGCGAUCUCGUGAUGCACGAGCCGCCCGCGCGGCGCCCCGCUGGCGACGCUGAGGAGGGGGAGCCGGAGGCGGCGGGGGCGGCAGAAGAGGGGAGCGGUGCCCCGGACGGGCGGGCACCUUCUUGGCAAGACAGCGAAGCGGACGGCGGCGACGGGCCCGCAGAUGGCGCGGAGGCAGGGCUUGGGGACGGAUGGGCGGUCUAUUAG